UUCCUUUGUUGAGAUCUGAAAAAUGGCAUACAAUCUUCAACCUCUCAUCACCAUUCUUGAAGGUAUCCUUGAUCCUGACCAAACACGAUGGAUUGUCGAUGAAAACAAUCCACAACUCCAAUCCCUGCUCGAUAAAGUUACUUUUCUUCAAAAGCUCCUUGAUAAAUCUUCACUCACACAACUAGACAGCCAAAUCAGAGAAGUAGCACAUCAAGCUGAAGACAUCAUUGAAUCCCACAUGGUUCGUCACAUACUCUCUGGAUCUAAUUGUGUGAGAUUUACCUCUUCCAAACCGUGUCCGAAGAAAGUAACACGGAAUCUUGAUUCUGUUUUGGAGCAAUCGGAGAAGCUCAUGGAGAUGGAGGAUAACAAGAUGCUUCAACAAGUUGAUUCUGCUAUGGAACAAGUGUUGAAGCCCAUGGAUAUGCUGCAUAGCAAUUCAUCGAGUUCCAAGUGUGUUGUGGUUGGAAUUGAUGAAGAUCUGAUGCAGCUCAAGGAUCGGCUAGCAGGGAUGCAAACAAAGCUGGAGAUGGUCCCCAUCGUUGGUAUGGGUGGAGUAGGUAAAACCACUCUUGCUCGAAAGCUUUAUGAAGAUCCACUGAUUGGUUAUCAAUUUGAUUAUCGUGCUUGGACCACUAUUUCACAAGAUUACAAUAUGCAAAAAAAUCUCUUAAGCCUUAUUAGUUGCAUAAUCGGAAAAGAAGAAUGUGAUCAACAUAAGCAAAAGGGAAGGCAUGAGUUAAAAGUUAUGUUGCAUAAGAGCUUGUAUGGUAGAAAGUACUUGAUUGUAUUAGAUGAUAUAUGGAGUACCAAAUUCUGGGAUGAGAUAAAGAUGUACUUUCCAGAUAACAACAAUGGGAGCCGCAUUAUGAUCACAACUAGGGAAUCUGGUGUGGCGUACUAUGUAGACUCGUUGAGUGCGCAACAUCAGGUGCAGUUGCUUAGUGAUUCUGAAAGUUGGAAUCUGCUUCACCAACUUGCAUUUGGAGAAGAGAAUUGCCCUAUUGUAUUACAAGAGGUUGGUCAAAAGAUUGGCGAAGGUUGUGGUGGGCUUCCUCUAGCUAUCAGUGUGGUUGGAGAGGGCUACUAUCUAAAACGGAAAGAUCAUUAG